AUGUCCAGAAACGGUUCUACGAGAUCCUUCCCCUCCCGCAAGCAAAGGGCAGAGCUUUCAAGAGCAAACUUCAGAAACUAUGAUGACACGAAUGAGAAGGAAGACUACAGCACCUCGCAAAAUAUGCGCUGCCAAAUUCAUACACGCGCUGGGCUGCAGCGCGAUUCAACAUUUUUUCCGUUCCUAUCACUGCCACCCGAAAUUCGGAAUAUAAUCUACCAGCUUUUCUUUUACAGCUAUUGCAAAGAUCUCAAGCGCAACCUAUGCUUCACAGUGAGAGUUGAUAACGUGACGGUAGAAGGACGAAAGAGAUCCACGCACACUAUCGUCAGCCGCGUUUCCGAUCCGGAUCAACACUUCGAAUUUAACCACCGCGUGUGGAAUUUGUGUCGAAAAAUGUUCCAAAUUUGUCGGCAGAUUCGCCUAGAAACGCAGCCUGUCUUUGCAAGCCAGAUCAAUCCCCAAGUCCUCUACAUCUUUCGCAGCGUGGCAGAUAUUCGUGAGACAGGCAGAUUCUGGCCGUUCAUGCCGCAUCUGCACGGGCAUUUUCAAGACUACGUGGAGACUUCCAAGAGCUCUAAAGACGAUGCAUCGGUCAAAGAGCAGAUUCAAAAGUGGAUGUGGGUAAUCAAUGCGUUUCUACGUGCAGCAGGAAGGUCGUACAUAAGCCCUCCGGAAUGCUCUGACUGGGUGGAGGCCCAUGGGUACGAAUGCACCUCGUGUGAAAAUGGUUGCGCGUGCACAAGCGCGAAAUCAGAUUUGGAUAGUUGUUUACUUGAAACGAAGAGAAGAAUGAUCGAGGAUCUAGACUCCAUGUGUUUGAGAUGGCCUGGAGCUUCCGGCUGGAUCCUAGAGCAGGCGGAGCUCAAGCAUUCCUUAGGAUGGUCGGUCAUUCUUCGACUUGGAAAGGUCGAGCCGAACCGCUGGUGCUUGGUGAUCCACGGAGAUCUGGGACGUUUGGCGUGGCUAUACAAGCAUUCCCAGUCCGAGACGCGGGACAUAGUGCAAGAAGAAAUCGGUCGACUUGACGCAGGUAUAGCCGACUGGUUGAGGGCAAUCAACUUGUAA